UACGAAAGAAAAUCGCAAUAAACAUUAAAAUUCAAGAAAAAUAUAAAAAAACCCAAUUCAUACAUUUAUACUAAAUCAAAUUUGAAUAAAAAAAAAAAACACAAAAACAUUGUGAAUUUUAUUUUAUUCCUGCUGCUGAUGUGUGGUUUAUAUUUUCGUGUUGUUCACAAAAAAUAUUUGUUGUUUAUAAAAGAUUCAUCGAAUAAUUUAGAACAUUCAGUUGAAAACAGACCGUGGUGAUCAAAACAAGUGUUAAAUAAAUUCCAAAAAAAAUAAAAUAAUAAUAUUUGAAAAUUGAAAAUAAAAAGAAUAUUUCUUUGAAACACAAUAAAAACACAAACAUCUAAACAAACCAAAAUGUCUAACAAAUCAAUUUUAUAUAUUUAUGGUGUAAUUGCGAUCACAUUAAUAUCCAUACACUGCAUCACAGCCAAUAUCAGUGAUAAUGAAGUCAAUGAUAUUCCUGAAACUUAUAUGGUCCAAGGCGUCAAAGUCUAUCAAGGUGAUCGUGAAUGCGUUUUAGUGGGCGGUUUGUGUGUACACAACAGCGAUUGCAAUGAGCCCACCAGCAACAAAGGAUUGUGUCCCUCCAAUUCCCAUCGUGGUGUUGAAUGUUGUUAUGAAUUACCUGUAAGGCCAGCUCCCUGUCAUGAACAUUUGGGCGAAUGUAUGGAUCGUUGCCACAAAACUCUGAUGAGACCGGGUACAGAUUGUGAAAAUGGUCAAAUAUGCUGUGUUUUAAUUUAAGUCAACAAAACAAAGAA